CCAGAUAGACCAACUGCUCCUAAUCUCAGAAAACAGUCCGAAUGAUCCCGAAUACAAAGCCCGGUGAAGGUAUCUCCACAUGAGUAUUUGCAUCUACCACUUCCCAGUGAUCUGUAUUCAUUUUAUGGCAUAUCCAUACUGCUGCCUUAAGACGAAUGAUUGGGCCAGCAAAGCAAGUGUCCAAUGGGCGAAAAUUCUGAGAAGCUGCUGUUCCUCAUCAGUUUUUCUAAUACUGGAUCUACUUCUAGCCUCUGGUCCAAAAAUGAUGGGUGCAAAAGUCGUCACAGGCCGGAGCACCACCCAUGGCCUUGCACAGCAGCACGGUGGAGUCAGCGAUGUCGUAGUGAAAACCCCCUUCAAUCAGGUGUCCUGCUGUGGGCCUGUUUUUUGGCCCAGUGGCUGCCACUCUCUAACAGAGUCUACUUGUAGCCGCCUGCUCUACAUCCUUCUCCAUGUGGGGGCCUCAGCGAUCUGUUGCCUCCUGCUGUCGAAGACAGUAGUGGAACGGGUCUGGGGCAAAGCACAUGGGAUCCAGAUGCCCUCAGUGCUAUGUGCCCACCUGUUUGGCAAUUCUGACUGUCCAGUGCUCAGUGGCUCUGGGGCUGUGUAUCGUGUAUGUGCAGGAACUGCCACCUUCCACCUGCUGCAGGCAGUGCUGCUAGUCGGCCUCCACUCUCCCACCAGCCCUCGGGCACAGCUGCAUAACAGCUUCUGGAGCCUUAAGCUGUUGUUCCUGUUAGGGCUCUGCACCGUUGCCUUCUGCAUCCCUGAUGAACACCUUCUCCCAGCCUGGCAUUAUAUUGGCAUCUGUGGAGGCUUCACAUUCAUCCUAUUACAGCUGGUGCUUAUCACAGCCUUUGCCCAGUCCUGGAACAAGAAUUGGCAGACUGGUGCAGCUCAAGACUGUAGCUGGUUUCUAGGUAUAUUACUGGCCACACUGGGAUUCUACAGUAUGACAGGUGUGGGAGCGGUGCUACUGUUCCACUACUACACACACCCUGAUGGUUGCCUGCUCAACAAGAUGUUAGUCAGUCUGCACCUUUGCUUCUGUGGCCUCCUGUCUCUCCUCUCCAUUGCACCUUGCAUCCGCCUCAAGCAAACAAACUCUGGCCUUCUACAAGCCUCCAUCAUCAGCUGCUAUGUCAUGUAUCUGACCUUCUCUGCACUGUCCAGCCGUCCCCCAGAGACAAUAACCUUUCAAGGACAGAAUCAUACCCUGUGCCUGCCUGGCUGGAAUAAAAUGGAACCACAGAUACCAGAUACCUCAGUAGCAGUGUUUAGUGCUGGCAUCAUGUAUGCUUGUGUGCUCUUUGCUUGCAACGAGGCUUCCUACCUGGCAGAGUUAUUUGGACCCUUGUGGAUCAUCAAGGUUUACAAGUAUGAGUUCCAGAAGCCCUCGGUCUGUUUCUGCUGCCCCCAAACAGUGGAACCAGAGGACGGUGAGUCAUGUGAGCAAUCUAGCCAGCUGAAUCCUGUAAAGGGCCAGAGCCCUCAAGAGCCUUCACAAGAACUUGGGGGAAGGGAGUGUCAGCACCACUGCUUCCUACCAGCACUUCUUUCUCUAGGGCAAAGGGGCAGGGCCAGGCCAGCUGACCAGGAGACCCCUCCAGCUGCCCAGCUGCAGAGCCAGCAUCUUUCCUACAGCUACUCUGGCUUCCACUUCGCCUUCUUCCUCGCUUCACUCUACGUCAUGGUUACCCUUACCAACUGGUUCAGCUAUGAGGAAGCAGAACUGGAGAAGACCUUCACUAAGGGUAGCUGGGCUACCUUCUGGGUCAAGGUUGCCUCAUGCUGGGCCUGUGUACUCCUCUACCUGGGGCUGCUCCUGGCACCACUGUUGGCUCCCCACUCAGAAUCACCACCCCGCCACCUAAUAUCUUUAGGCAACACUGCCAUGGCAUCAGUACUACCACAUAAAAACUAGCUCCUAAUCUAUAGUAACAAACUCCAAGACUCUUUAGAUUAUGCUCUUAACCUUAGCUCCAGGAGCGGUCCAGCUGAGCUUACUGCCCCAAGGACAAGUAAGCAGUUAUCACCACUUAGGCUCAGUAAGUAUCUAAAUUGGAAGAAGUAGACGAACUAGUGGCUUCAUUAAAACUCAAGAGUCUAACUCCCGAGGAAGUAAACCCAAGAGCCUUACCUGAUCCUAGCAGUGUGGCACAAGCCCCUUCCUGGCUUCUGAGCUGGAGAUAGGGUCAGGGAAAGACCUACAGAGACUGAAGAUGUGGGUCUGCUCUUAGCAAUCAAAAGGAGACAAGUAGCUCAGCCCUGAGCACAAAGGUGGAAGAAGCCCAGACCACAGAACAAACCAGGGAAGGGAAAGAAAGAAGCAGAGACUACCACAGGUUUUAAUCCUGAUCUCAAGGUCAAAGGAAAUGGAAGACAAAAAGCACCUUCAUUCCAUGAGGACUGACAGAACAGAAGAGAAUGUGACCAUCGAGAGCAGCUGACCACCGGACGUCGGGGAGCAGCACGAUUUUUUUUCUCGGCAAACUUUCAAGCAAAGAAUGAGGAAGAGACAUAAACUUGGGUCUUAGAGCCUUCCCCUCUUGUGGUCCUCAAUACCAUCCUGGGGAUGGUGUUCAAGGCCACUGUAGGGGAUAAAAAUCACAGAAAAGAAGUCUCUAUAGUUCUUAGAGGAUUCCUCUGCCAUAUAACUGGAGUGUUUUUCUGGUUGCAACAGUUAAAAUAAAGGCUUCUUUUGUGAUGUUUUCCUUA